UGGUGGUGUGGUGGUAGUCAUUUGUUAGUUGUCGUGUAGAAGGGGAGGACUGAGGACGACAUGGACGUUGCAGCAGCAGAUUGAAGAGAGGAAGCAGGUGGAUGCAUCGAGCUAGCAGAUUAUAGAUUGCACCCCGUGUGAGAGAACGUAUAGUCAUAUCCGGUUUUGCAUUAUAUAUAUGCGCCCUUUAAAAAUUAUUGUUUGGUUUUUGAGUGUACACACGUUUUGAUUUCUGAAGAAAACUGAACAGAAAAGUUUGAAGUUUUCUGUUUUUAAGUGGAAAUAUAAAAGUGAAUUGGCUGGAUGGAGUCCUCGCCACCGACGACGGCUUGCAGUGAGACGCGAGGAGAACUCCGGAGAUACAAGGGAAUCAGAUCGUCCAAAAAGUCGCUGCACUCCUGCUCCUCAGACUUUUACAUGCGGCGUGGCGCGGACGCGGAUGAAGAUGCGGAGGACGAAGCGGACACGCUCGUCCUGGGGCCGCGAUCACUCUCCCUCAGCGCCCUUGUCCCGAAGGAGGUGGUCAAAAAGUCGCCGCAUUCUUCCUACUCCGCCCUCCUCACGCCCGACCCCAACCGGAUGUCGCAGCUCGAAACGUUAGAAGCCAAGAUGGCCAGCAUCGAAGUCUCCUUAGCUUCCGUAGCGGCCGCCGCAUGUGCCGCGGCCUCUUCCGCUGCCCCCAUUCCAGGCACGUCGACGUCAUGCUCCUCCCUCCAUCACGUGUCGGGCAGUAGCGGCGGGGGCGGAAGCGGUCCACCGCGCCGCACGAAGCGCAGCCUGCUCGGGUCUGCGCGGUCGCAGUUGGCGUCCUCCUCGUCGCGAACGGACCUCCUCCUCCUCCACAAGGAGGUGGAGAACCUCAAGACAAAUUUGAAAGAUAAGGACAACCUUAUCCUCAAUUUGCAGACGCAACUCCGGAAGCUGUCGAAACGGAGGGGAACGCAUGGUUCCAUUACUUCAACAGAUUCGGGCAUCCUGUCCCUCCGCGUGUUGUCUGAGUCUGAGCGCAAAGCGGCCGAGGAGCGCUUGGCCGCCCUGGAUCGCGACAUGGAACAGAAAAGGGGCGAUAUUCACUCGAUCAAUCAACGUUUAGGGAGACUCCGACCGUCCGACAACAUCGACACUCGGAUCGAGCAAGCCGAGCUGGAGUAUGAACUGGAACGGGAAGAGUUGAACUUGAUGAACUUGGCGGAAGAGAGGCGAAACCUUCACACCAUCCUUGACGACAACGACACGGCGCAGAAACGUGGCGAAAACUCACUCUUCACAUCGCUCCCGCUGAACGGUACGGUGUCCCUCCACUCGUUCGAGAUCGUCCUGGACGCCGGGAGUGGUGCGGACACGUCCGGCUUCACCGUGGGCAAACGGGAGGAUCGCGCCGGAACCUAUGUCACGUGGACGAGGGAGGAUCUGAAAACGUUGAAAAGGGGCGAUCGGAUCGUGGAGAUCAACGGAACCUGCGUGAUAUCGAAGGGUGUAAACCGCCUCGAAGAGUUCUGGCUGGAUGAGGACAACAACCUCUCGGACGACGUGGAACUUACGGCGCAUCCCUUGCGCGUCGUCGUCAUGCGCGCCCCUCCACCGCCCCCACCCCCACGCGGGCCGAACAGGGAACUUCACACGGUGCGUGAAGAGCUGUCCCUCGUGACGGCCAAGUUGGAGCAGGUGGUGAAGGAGAAGCGUGAAGCGGUGGCGUUGUGGAACCAGUUGCAGGGCGAGGUCGAACCCCUUCUUCGCCUCCGCACUGACACCGAGCACGUGACCAAGGAGAGGGACGCCCUUCGCACGGAAGGAGUCCGCCUCAAGCAUCGCAUCUCGUAUCUCGAGGAGCAGGUGUCAGAGAUGAUCCAAGAGAAAGUGGGCUCCUCGGCGGUGACUGUGUUCCAAAAGGGGUCCACGCGAACAACGAUUGUUGGAGGGUCCGACCGACCACCCAGCGUCACAUCAAAUUCAACCUCAAAGAGCCACCCUAAGGACACGAACGGCGACCACCACCACCACUCGACCCCUUCCACCACCACGACGACCGCCAAUAACCACCGCAUGAUCGGCUCCGCUCUCCGGUCUCGACUCUGGGAAACCUUUCGCCGCGCUACAACCUCCACCGAUUCACGAUCCGUUUGCUCCAUCGACUCCUCCAAGGCGGGCACGGAGGCCGGAUACUUUUCCAAGAAGCGCCACGGCGGCAAAAAUAAGUCCUCUUCCUCCGCGCCCUCGAAACCUUUGCGCCUUUCCCUCCAGCGCGCCACAUCGUCCUCCGAAGUUUACAUGGCCGAACCGCACAACAACCACCACAACCACAACCACAACAACCACCAUGGCGUCGACCUUCACCCGAACAACAAUGGCGCCCCGCUUCUGCGCCGGUCGAACGACCACCAGUCGGAAAAUGCGCUGCUCGCGGCGUGCAGUGAGGACCGCGGUGGUAAAAAGAGCAAGGCACGUGGGAAGGGGAGUAGUGGGGGUGGGAUUAGAUGGCCCUCAUUAAGACCGGCGUCCUCCAUGAGUUACGCUAUGCCGUCCGCGUCAAGUAAUGGACAGCAUAAUAACCUCCCCCACUACUGAUAAGCACACUUCCAAAAAUAUUGAUAUUAUUGUUAUUAUUGGUACCACAAUUCCUGCUAAAUAGUUAAAUGUAUACUCAAGUUAAUAUGUUUAAUACAAGUUGACAAUAUAAAAAAGCAAUAAAGAAGACGUAUGCCAAAGAAAUGCAAA